AGUAGCUGCUGCCAAGUCUCGCGAGCUUUGUCAGUAGCAGUUGAUUGUAAUGUCAGUGCAGUCCAAUUUACAGGCUGGAGCAGCAGCUGCAUACUGCAUUUCCCUGAAGUAACACAUGAUUUCCACGCCUUGCAAACUUUAUCAUCUUUUGUUGCAGUGAGUCGGAAACCAAUAUGCAGAGCAAGGGUACAAUCGUAUGCACCCAACUUCUUUUUAUGUUUCUUCUGCUCUGGAUGCUUAUUGGGAAAUCACACACUGAAGAAGACAUCAUCAUUACAACCAAGAAUGGUAAAGUCAGAGGGAUGAACUUGUCAGUUCUUGGGGGCACAGUAACAGCCUUUCUUGGAAUUCCCUAUGCACAGCCACCUCUUGGUAGACUUCGGUUCAAAAAGCCACAAUCCUUGGCCAAGUGGUCCAAUAUUUGGAAUGCCACAAAAUAUGCAAAUUCUUGCUAUCAGAACACAGAUCAAAGUUUUCCAGGCUUCCUUGGAUCCGAGAUGUGGAAUCCAAAUACUGACCUCAGUGAAGACUGUUUAUAUCUGAAUGUAUGGAUUCCAGUACCUAAACCAAAAAAUGCUACUGUAAUGGUAUGGAUUUACGGGGGUGGUUUUCAAACUGGAACAUCAUCGUUACCUGUUUAUGAUGGCAAGUUCCUGGCACGAGUUGAGAGAGUUAUUGUAGUUUCAAUGAACUAUAGGGUGGGUGCCCUAGGAUUUUUAGCUUUACCAGGAAAUUCAGAGGCACCAGGGAACAUGGGCUUGUUUGACCAACAGUUGGCACUUCACUGGGUCCAAAAAAAUAUAGCAGCCUUUGGUGGAAAUCCUAAAAGUGUAACUCUCUUCGGAGAAAGUGCAGGGGCAGCUUCAGUUAGCCUUCACCUACUUUCCCCUAGAAGCCACCCAUUGUUUACCAGAGCAAUUCUGCAAAGUGGGUCUGCUAAUGCCCCUUGGGCAGUAACAUCUCUUGAUGAAGCUAAGAACAGAACAUUGACCUUAGCUAAAUUUAUUGGUUGCUUUAGAGAAAAUGAGACGGAGAUCAUCAAAUGCCUUCGAAAUAAAGACCCCCAGGAAAUUCUUCUGAAUGAAGUAUUUGUUGUCCCCUAUGAUACUCUCUUGUCAGUAAGUUUUGGCCCAACUGUGGAUGGUGAUUUUCUCACUGACAUGCCAGACACACUACUCCAACUUGGACAGUUCAAAAAAACCCAGAUCUUGGUGGGUGUUAAUAAAGAUGAAGGCACAGCGUUUUUAGUAUAUGGUGCCCCUGGUUUCAGCAAAGAUAACAACAGUAUCAUCACUAGAAAAGAAUUUCAAGAAAGUUUAAAAAUAUUUUUUCGAGGAGUGAGUGAAUUUGGAAGGGAAUCCAUCCUUUUCCAUUACAUGGACUGGUUAGAUGAUCAAAGAGCUGAAAAGUACCGUGAGGCCUUGGAUGAUGUUGUUGGGGAUUACAAUUUCAUAUGCCCUGCCUUGGAGUUCACCAAAAAGUUCUCAGAUUUGGGAAAUAAUGCCUUUUUCUACUAUUUUGAACACCGAUCCUCCAAACUUCCUUGGCCUGAAUGGAUGGGAGUGAUGCAUGGUUAUGAAAUUGAAUUUGUCUUUGGUUUACCUCUGGAAAGAAGAGUAAAUUACACAAAAUCUGAAGAAAUUUUGAGUAGAUCCAUAAUGAAACACUGGGCAAAUUUUGCAAAAUAUGGAAGUCCAAAUGGGACCCAGAAUAGUAGUACAAGUUGGCCUGUCUUCAAAAGCACUGAACAAAAAUAUUUAACCUUGAAUACAGAGUCGCCAAAAAUAUAUACUAAACUACGUGCUCAACAAUGCCGAUUCUGGACACUGUUUUUCCCCAAAGUCUUGGAAAUGACAGGAAAUAUUGAUGAAGCAGAACAAGAAUGGAAAGCAGGAUUCCAUCGCUGGAACAAUUACAUGAUGGACUGGAAAAAUCAAUUUAACGAUUACACUAGCAAGAAAGCAAGCUGUGCAGGUCUCUAAUUAAUAGAUUUACCCUUUGUAGAAUGUUCAUUUUCCUGUAAAUCAAGGCAAAAAUACCAGUAGCUCUCUUACACACCUAGUAAGAAGCUAUUAUAUAGCUGAACAAAAAUGCCAGAAGGAUAAUAUUGAUUUCUCACAUCUAUCACUUAGCAUUGUACCUAGCAUUCCAAAACCCAAAAGGCUAGAACAUGUUUAAUUAAAUUUCACAAUAUAAAGUGUGACAGUUUAUUAUAUGCAUAUUUAAAUGAUUUGUGGCUUCAAACUUUUUCUUUUUCAAAUAACAUUAACAUUUAUUUUCUAAAAAGUAUCUGUAGCCUAUUUUGAGUUGCAUUUUUUUCCCUAACCACUCAUAAAAGGGUACCUUCUUAGAAUGAAUGAGGUCUUGAAACAAUGGGUACUAUAAUUUACAAUACUGUUUCCCCUAAAUAAUUUAUGAAUUUAAUGUCAAUAUGAGUUGAAAAAUGAAACAGAAAAUAACUGUUCCUUUGUUUUUAACAUAAAGCAGGAGGGAGUCUUAAAAUAAAAGGCUUGGUCACUUAGAAACAAAAUGUUGCUACCAAGAGAUAAAGAGCAAAGCAGUACAUGUCUGUUUUAUAUUUUUAGUAAUAUAUAUUCUUAGAAUCCUCAAAUUAUAUUCUUUAUUCUUUUAACUCUUGCCCAUUUAAAACUCCCCACUCUUUUACACCUCCCCAAACAUGUAUGUGUAUUAAUUACUCUUCCUAUAACUCCAAAAAAAAAUGUAGAUGAGCAGAAGUCAGAAAUCAUGUACCAUCUGGGAUAGAAAAGCUGGCUGGACCCAGAAAUAUUGGUAAAAAUGGUUCAUUUUUCAUAGGAAAAUUGUUCAAUUGGAAAAAAAUAACUAUUUCUACUUUCAACAGCCAAAUUGUAUUAUUUUUAUAACUUAAAAAUUGCAAAGCUACAUGCACUAACUUUCAUGGCAAAGGACCAUAUCUAGUGAAUAAAUGUACUGUAAUUCACUAAAGGGAAUGAGUUGGAAGGGAGAAGUUUCAGAAAACGGUAGUACUUGUUGAUUAUGUUCAUUAAGAAUUGAAAACUAGCCCUGGCUGGGUGUGGCUCAGUUGUUGGGCAUCAUCUCCUGUGCACCUCAAGGUUCCUGGUUUGAUUCCCAGUCAGGGCACAUGUCCAGGUUUCUGGCUUGAUCCUCUGUAGGGAGC